AUGGUUGGGCUUAUACGAUCACCUGCAAGCACUUUCAGAGAAGAAGAAUCCAUUGAUAGCAAGCAGCAAGGAAGAAGCAAGGAAGAGGGGGUUAACAGAGGAAAGGGAUUAUGUUUUGAGCGAGUUGACGAAUUUGAUGGUGAUGAACCCGUUGUCAAUGAUAUUGAUGGCAAUGAAGAGCAAACGAACAUUCCUACCGUUGAACACCACACGGACAUUCCUGAUGUUGACCAUCCCAUGGACAUGCUUAGUUCAAGUGAAGUGGUUGCUACACCUUUUCUCAGGGGCCUAGUUGGUCCUUCCAUUCCGACAAAUUUUAGUUGUCAUGUAGCAGCCAAAAUUUGGAAUAAUGAGGUAGUUGUAUCUACUUUUGUUGAAAGAUGGCAACCUGAGACUAAUAGUUUCCACAUGCCAUUUGGUGAGAUGUUCGCGUCAUUAGAUGAUGUAAGUACCAUAUUAGGAAUUCCUAUGACUGGUACAUCUGUUUCAACUAAUAACUUGUCACGAGAUGAAGCUGUAAAGGUGUUGGUUAAGUUAUUGGGAGUGUCAAAAGAUGAUGCAGUUGUUGAGUUGAAGGAAGCGCAAGGCCAAUUAGUGCCAUUAGAAUGGUUGCAUGAAAAUUUUCAAUCAGUUUCAAAUGCGGAUUCGAAUGAUUUCAUUCAUUAUGCAGCGAGGGCAUAUUUAUUAUUAUUGUUAGGUUGUACCUUGUUCGUUGACAAGACUACAAUUCGUGUUUCUGUGGUGUAUCUCAAGUUGCUCGAGGAUUUGAAUUUAGUUCAUUCGUAUGCUUGGGGUGCAGCUGCGUUGGCUUUUUUGUAUAAGCAAUUGGGUAUGGCAACAAAGUCUACUGUCAGACAAAUUGCAGGAUACAUGACACUGUUGGAGGCUUGGAUCUACGAACAUUUUAUAUGUUUAUUGCAAGAGGAGCUUGAUAGAUUGGAGGCUCAUGAGGUUAUUUGGGAUCCAUAUAUUAGUAAACGUGACAACCAUCCAUUUGCUGAAGUUGCUUACUAUACUGGAUUGCUAAAAUGCAUAGAUAUUGUUGAACCCUAUCAUCCAGAUAGGUUUUUGAGACAGUUUGGAAGGAUGCAAACUAUUCUCCCACCUCCACUUUCUCCUGUUUCAUGA